CCGAGAAAUUAUAUGGAUUGGUUUGAUAAAGAAAUCAGUGAAAAGUCAGACAAUUUUGAACUGCACCCCGGAAAUAGCAAUUUCACUAUGAAAAAGUUGCAGUUUAUAUGAUUAAAAAUCUUUCAAGUCACGACAGAAUAAUAUGCUACCAGUUGAAAUCCAAUGUCGCAGAUAUAAACCUAUUAAAAUAAUGAUUAAUAGAUGUUGUUGGUCAACCAAUGUGCAAAUUGGAACAAAUUCAGUUAAAAUGUCUUAAGAACUUUGAAGAAAUUAUAGGAAAGUCUACUCCUGAGAUAAUUUAUCGCUGAUAAAAAGACUGCAGCUUAAACACACAGGUCGAAAAUUGAAAUUAAAACUGAAUUGUAAUGGCUGAAUUUCUUAUCUUCAAAGACGUAUAUGUAGGUGGACCGGCUAAAUCCAAAGCACUGGGAAUCGGAGAGCUUUGCAGGAAAGCUCGCACGACCGAAUGUCUACGCGCAGUGAAACCGUUAGCCGAAUCGCCUUUCCAUUCCAUUUAGUCACUCUCAACACACGCAGCACCGAGGGUGGUGGAAAAUCAUCGGGCGGAGAAAUCGAAUCUUGGCGAGCAGCGACCACAACAACUGGCAAAAGGAGGAAGGCUAGCAAGGCAUAGGUUCUCAAACCACCGAAAAUCUCGCGAUUUCUUCAACCAAAGGCCCGCAGCAACGUCGUGUAUAUAUAUUAUACAUCAUCAUGUUAUUUAUGUGUCACCAAAUGGCAAUGAAGAAGGAGGCCGUGGCGAAACUCAAAGCCGAGGAGCUCCGCAGGGCACAAUCCGCUUCUGAAAUCCCCAUCAUCUGGAUCUUGGGUGGACCCGGCUGCGGCAAGGGCACUCAGUGCGCCAAAAUUGUGGAAAAAUACGGAUUCACCCAUCUGAGCAGUGGAGAUUUGCUUCGCAAUGAGGUGGCCUCUGGAUCCGACAAGGGUCGUAAACUGCAGGAGAUAAUGUCCACCGGUGGCUUAGUGUCCAACGACGAGGUGCUGUCGCUGCUCAACGACGCCAUCACCCGGUCCAAGGGCGUCUCGAAGGGAUUCCUCAUCGACGGAUAUCCUCGGGAGAAGAACCAGGGCGUGGAGUUCGAGAUCCGUGUGGCUCCCGCCGAUCUGGCACUGUACUUCGAGUGCUCUGAGGACACGAUGGUGCAGCGCAUCAUGGCGCGUGCCGCAGCGUCGGCUGUGAAACGCGAGGAUGACAACGAGAAGACGAUUAGGGCUCGCCUCCAGACCUUCAGGCAAAACACCAACGCCAUCCUGGAGCUCUACGAUGCCAAGACCCUGACGAUCAAUGCCGAACGUGACGUGGACGAUAUCUUUUUGGAAGUCAUCCAGGCCAUUGACUGUGUGCUGAAGAAGAAGCAGCAGAAAGCCGCCGCCCAGUGCUAGUAAUUCGCGAAUCAUCAACCAUUAGGAAACCGGUACCAAAGUUAGCUACGCAACCCACAUUUUUAAUGCACUUUUUAGCGCGAAUCUCACAAUCUCAAAGCUGAGCACAAAUGAAAGCGAAACACCAAAUAAAUUAGUCUAAAUCUAUAUUAUGUUACCAUAUUUAAUGGCAUUAUCCUUCAAUCGAUUGCAAGCAAUAAUUGAUCUAGUGCUUUAAAUAAAUUUACACAUAGAUGAAAUGGAA